CCACAGAACAUGUGUAUGCAAAACUCACGCAUGCAGUGUGUGUGUGUGUGUGCUCCUGUUACAGCAUCUCUCUCUCCUCUCCAGUGUAGGAAGUACAGUGGGCGUGUGCAAAAGUCAUCAGAUAACUGAACGCUCCGGUCUGGUUUAGACACUUAACUGGGUUAGCUCUUCUUCUAUUUUUCUUCUCUCCGCCUCCGUUGUUCGUAUUUACACAUUUCCAUGCAAAAAAAAAAAAGUUCAAAUGAUGAGGCUUCUCUUAGGUGCUUUUCCCCCACCCCCCUCACUAUUCAGUUCUUUCCAGGCCGUCAUGCUUUUAAGAAAGAAAAGGGAACCCCUACCCUCGCAUAGAAAGACACAGUUCACUCAGGAGCGCAGUGGGAGGGGGGAAUUCGGAGCGAGGGGAGAUCUGGCAGUGACCGGUGGGGGAAUAUGUUAUAAUUAUACAUGGCAGGUUCAGAGGUGACAUUUAACAAGUGUGGGGCUGCACUGGGUACGCGUGGGCUUUCUCAUCAACAUGCAGCCCGCUACCACAGUCAGAUCGGUCGGCUGCUGUGGUUUCCUGGAAAUACCCGGCAUGCAAAAACACUUUGUAACGGCUCCUUUGCAGACGGGGCGCCGUUCCACUUGACGUACGAGCGCUUCACUAAACGCCGUGGUUAAACCUCCCCAUACAGACUCUAUACAAACUAAGUAUGCGAAGCAAACGUGUUAGUUACGAGAUAAGAACUCAAAUGUAAUGGAGGUGCACCCCAACUUUUCAUAACCAAAAAUCUUUGGUCGAAUGAUGAUGACAGAUUUAUUGAAUUCGCAGCGGCAUGCAGUCACGAGAAAUACCGUCGAUUCAAUGUACAGAGCUGUGAGGCGUUGCCUAGAGACCAGUAUCACAACAUGGCAAAUGUAUGCAAGAUUAUAUAUAAAUAAUAUAUAUUAAAUAAAAUAGAGAAAAUGAACAACCCUGCCUUUGAGGACUAGAGACGGGUGUUCAUAUCCUUCACAUAUUAUGAUCAAAGGGCUCCUAUUCUUGACAACAACCACCUCCUGUGUACUGUUUGUACCAUCCACUACUCAUAAAGGUAAUGCAUCUAGAUUUUAACACAAGGCCUCAACAAUAUUAGAAUAAUAUUUGACCCCAAAAAAAUUCUGAAAAAAAAAGUCUGACACACUGCCUCUUCUGUUGAAAAAUUAAAUGUCGCAAAAAUGUAAAGUAUAUUUGUGUCUGGUUCGACAGGAAGAUAUCUGUUAUUGUGCAAUAGGAAGCGGUUGUAUCCAUGGUUACCUUUGUUUGACCCUUUUAUGAGCGGCAACAAAGAUCGACGAUGAGAUACACCCUUCCACUGAACAAUAUCACACGCACACACACACCCACACCCACACACACACACACACGCACACACACACACGCAUAUUAAUUACUUUAUAACUAGUCAUUUGAAACUUCCCCGUAUGCGUCAUUUUUGCCUGGAACUGGAGGCCACUUCCACAUGAGGCUACAGUGAGUCCAGUGAUGAAAUACACAUAACUCUGUGUACCAAACAAGUUUUUUAAGGUAUUUGUAUACAACUUUAUCCCCUUUCAUUUGUGGUUGUACCCAACCCCGCAACUCAUACACACACAUUAAAUAUGAUUUACCCCUCUUACUUUUAGCAUGUAUUAAAAUGAUAUAUUAACACUUACUAAGUUGUUUAUAACACAGUUAUAUGACGGUAAACAUAUACAAAGACAUAUUAAGAGUGUGUUAAUGUAUCUUCAACUAUUAUAACUUCUCUCCUUAAUUGUACACAGUAUAAAAUUGUGUAAUUAUAUUCAAUGAUGUAUAAUUACAAAUUUGUUUAAGACUGUUUCUAUAUGUGCUUUGUACUUUUAACUGAUUAAGACAUGCUGAGCUUAGCUUUACCUUUCUUUGAGUAGUUUGACAAAUACAUUCCUAACUAAAUUUCCACUUAUUUGAUUUCUUCUGACAAGAGGGAGACACAAAAAAUAAUAUAAUUUUCAGACGUGUGUGUUUGCGUGUAAUUAUUAUUUACAAAAGUGAAUGUUUUCAGAUUCAUAUCUUGCAUUUCUAAUACAGGCGUAUAUGGGAUGGGUUGGUUGAGGGGGGUUGAAAUAAUGAAACCAAUUUCUUCAUGAGAAACAUCCGCAUUUACACGGACAAACAGACUAUUUAUGAUUUGAAAGUAAUUCUGAGUAAUCCCACCACGCAGCAUGGUUUAUCAUGGUUGAAUCAGCAACUAUAUAUAUAUAUAACGAUAUUUGUGUGCAUGCGGAAAGUGUUCAUGUGAUGACUCCCUGUUCAAGUUAAGACAAGAGAAGUGAAAGUGACACAUGACAAAGCCCCGAACAUGCGGGCCAAGCAACCACACCCGGAGAUCUUUAACCCUGUAGCUACAGGACUCCGUCUCUUACAGUAACCGUCUCUGUUUGUACUCUGUAAACUCAUUCAAUUACCAAUCAGAAAGCAGUUCAUGGGCCGCCUGACAAAUGUAAAUAAGCCCAAUAUUCACCACCAUGUUUAGGCGCAGAGGCCGCAGAGAUGUUUUUUUUACAUGACAUGCCACCCUUCCACAUAAUAGACAUUUAAGUUAAUGCCUAUAUUCAAAAUGUUGCUUUUAAAGAAGUUAAAUGAUUGCAUUUUGUAUAUGCCGGCCUUGAAAUAACACAAACAUGUAGCAUGUAGAGGCACAAACUUGAGCUGAACGCAAACCUAAAAUCCCUCAUGAUGAGAGAAGUACGAUGUUGUAACUUCUAUACAGGGGGGAAGAAGUACUCAGAUCCUUUACUUAAGUUAAAGUAGAAAUAUCAGACUAUAAGUGUUCAUUUACGAGUGGCCUUGCUUUUAAUAUCACUUGGGUACAAGAAGUCUUUGUUUUUAAUAUCAGCAAAAUGUGGGCUAGAAAAAGUAUCAAAAGUAAAAGUCAUAAUGUUGAAAAAUGGACAUCUUGUUAUUAGGAUCAUUUUUCUGUUGAGGUUGGUCGAGGCGGAGCUGAUUUGAAUUGAUGCUUAUACUCUUGUUUAGUUUCAUAUAUUUUAUGUUCAAAACAUGAUGCACUGUUAUGUUUAGGCUAUAAAUUCCCUACUUAAAAUCUUAGUCUACAGUGUAACUAUUAUGUAAGGAUGUCCGAUGCAAUGGAGUUAAAAUGUGCACAAUUUCUCUCUGAAUUGGAGUAAAGUAAAAGUAUAAAAUAGCAUCCAAUUGAAAUAUUCAAGUAAAGCACUUUACAGUUCUUACGUAAAUGUAGUUACAUUCCACCACUGCUCAAGCAAUAUGAAUGUAGUGUAGGAAGUUGCAAAACACCAUAUUCACCACACGGGGGCGCAGACGUAAACAUAUAAGUUGUGACUACAAACAAAUGACUACAACUCCCGGCAUCUGCCUGAGUUUACGGAAGCGGGAGCCGUUGGCGGAUGGUCGCCUCGGUUAUUAUGUUUUCGCGGGGCGGUCUUAACUGGUAUCAACAUUGUGGGAGACGAGAACAACUCCCGUCGGUGCACGCAGGUGCACAAAACAAACGCUCCAUCGUUGAGAAUCGAGACGCGUUACGGUUGUUGUAAACAGCCGAGCAUGUGUCGUUAACGCUGGUAGUUAUAGCGUGAUUUGACAUCAGUUACACAUCAAUGAAACCGGUUGACUCAGACGAGGAGGACGCGCAGCAGCUGGGGGCUUACCAAAAGGAGCUGAGGCAGCGGGCCAACCAGAGCAUACAGCAGCUAAGCAGUGCUUUGGAGCAGCUGAGCUCUGAUGGAGAGGAGGUGGAGGAGCCCAGAGGCAGUGGUGGCAGCCUCUUCGCCACCAUGGCCAAAGAGGACAAGGGUGCAUGGAGCCAAAAGACACAGAGCGAAGCAGUUAAUCAGCUGAAGAGCCUUCUACUGAAGCAGGGCAGAGACAUUUCCUCUCCUCUCACUCCUUCAAAGAAACAGUCUCCAUCCAAGAGAGUACAGCAGGAGGGACGGUCCAACUUGACUGCUUUUCAGGAUUUGGUACCAAUGAUUCACAACCAGUCAGAUUACAUCCAACACCUGGAAGCUGAAGUCAAAUUGUGCAAGGAGGAGCUGCACGAGAUGAAACAGCGGAUCAGAGUGGUGGUGGUGGAGAAUGAGAGGUUUCAUUCAGACCUCAAAUCCAAAGCUGUGGAUGAAUCACUGAAAGAAUACACAAUCCACAACUCCAUGGUGAAUGGGAGUUUGGCAGCCAGCAGCCACAGCAUGCUGCAAAAAGCAGAACACACCACGUGGAAAAAUGAACUGGAACAAAUGAAAGUGAUCUACCAGGCCCAGAUUGAAAGCUUGGAGGCUCAGGUCAUCUCCUUCAGGAAGAAUCUGUCAGUCAGUCAGAAGGAGUGUGAGGAGGUGAAGGAUCGCCUGAGACACCGGGAGAAACAGGCUGCAGAUGCACUGAGAGCUGAUGGAGCUCCUCGUGUGGCAGGAUUGUGUCUGAAGUGUGCUCAGCACGAAGCUGUGUUGGCUGGAACUCACACAAACCUGCAUGUCCAGGCUAUUGACAGACUCAAAAAGGAGCGCGAUGAGUUACUGGUGGCUCUGCGCGCCGUGCGAGCUAGUCAGCAAGAGGCCCAACAGAGAGAGUGGUCAGCCUGUCUCCAAGUGAAGCAGGCUGUGGAGAUGGCGGAAGAAGCAAAUCUGUACAAAGCCAGGGUGGAGGUGCAGUGUGAGCAGCUGUCCAGGGAGCUGGCUCGACUUCGGGAACAACUAGAACGAGAAGCACAGGCCUUGAAGGAGAGACUGGCUGAGGCCCGAGAGGAGGGCCGGGCUGAGGCCCGCAAACAGAGAGAGGAGCUGGCACAGACGGUGUCCAGCCUCUCCCAGCAUGUUGCUGAAUUGGAAGGAGAGCUAGACAGGGCUCACAGAGACAGGAGCUCACUGACCAGUCAGUUGGAAGAUACUCUUCGCAAACUUACCAGCCAGGAACAAGACAAUACCAAGAUGUGUGUGGAUCUUCGGUAUCAGCUCAGCCAGGCCCAGCUGAAGAAAGAGGAGGCAGAGCGAGAGCUCCGAGAGCUCAGCAGCAAGAGCAGCAGACGGAUGGAAAAGGCUGCGCAGGAAGUGGAAAGGCUGAGCUCAGAGCUGGUUGGCUGUCGGCAGCAUCUGGAGGUGGUCCAAAAGGACGGGAGCCAAUGGCAGGCCGAAGCCCUGAGCCUAGCAGAACAGCUGGCAAAUGCCCAGCGCCAACUGCACCUCACCAGGCAGGACCGAGAGAGUUCAGAACGGGCUCACGAGGAGGAAAUGGCGUCUGCGACCCUUUCAGCGCGGGAACGGGAGAGAGAGCUGGCUCUGCUGCUGCAGCAAACGGAGGCUCAACACCAGCAGAGAGUUGGAGAGUCGGAGGGUCUUCUGAGUUCCCAGAAUUCCCUGAUCCGGAGGCUGAAGGAGGAGUGCUGCGCGCUGGGAGUCAAAUUGGAAGAACUGACAGAAAGUAGCGGAGGAGCACUGGAGCAGCUGGCCCUGGAGAAGCAACACCUGUUGGAGACGGUGAAGGGUCUGAGAGCUCGUUGCUCCGACACGGAGGAUCAGUGUGUCCAGCAUGGCCGCAUGCACCAGCGCAUGAAAAACAGAAUCGGUUCGCCUCUGGAUGACGGGCUGACCGACUGCGUAAGUGGAUGAAUGGAUUAAAUAAUGAGCUGCUGGUGGGAAAUAUCUUAGACAUUCCACCUCCACCCACAAAACACAGUAAGCACGCACACUAUUCAUACACCCGUACCCCCAAACCCCAGCUGGAAAAAGCCACGUCCCAACACACACACACACACACACACAAUGUCUUUUCCCAGUGUGCCGUGAAAGAGUUCAUUGUCUGCAGGACUGGUUUCAUUAAAGGGGACGCACUAAUUGGGACGUCCGAUCAACAUGUUGCCUCAUAACUGUACAACGUUCUCACCAAACUGUUGACCUGCAAUUUAGCUCAGCUAUCAUGUAACAUUGAUCAAUUGAGCGAGACUGGACUUUUUAUUUUUGUGUUCUACUGAUAUCAUAAAGUCCAAUCACUUGUUUUUUUUUUGAGUUUGGUGUCAGUUUAUUGAAUCGUGAAAGUUGUUCUAGUGAGAAGCUAAAAGUUGUGUGUACAGAAAAAGGUACUUACUUGUUUUCUGGAACCUCCUCCAAUACCAGUGAGGACAGACACAGGAAGUAAAGGACGGAGGACAUGAACUAUUGUUGUAUGUGGAUGACAUGCGUUGGUUGUCAACACCCGAGGAAUCUUUUUAGGAAUUUUCAAGCAGUGCAAUGAGAUAAUUAUAACUUUAUAAUAUUGGAUUAGAAAAGGCAGUUAGUUCACACAUUAGCUGGACACAAAUAAAAAGGCACAGAAUCUUGCAGCGCUCCAGAGAAGACAAAACGAUGAGGAGGAAGACGGAUAUUACAAAAACAGACACACUGACGUUUUUAUGACUGAAGCUAAACUGUGACUCUAAUGACGUAAUGUACUGUGAAUUGUGUUAUCAUAUUUAGUGUUUGUUCAAACUGACCUUUUUAAAGACAUGAUGUGUGACCGUUUACCUUUUUAUGACGUACUAUACUAUGACGCUUUUAUGACAUGUUAAUAUAAUUAUUUUGAUAUUUAAUUAUUAUAUACCAUACUGUGAAUUUUUAUGACAAACUUAACUAUGACCUUUUUAUGAAAUCCUUCACAAUUACUUUAUUGUGACUUUUUAGACAUACUAUACUGUAACCUUUUAUGAGAUAUUACACAAUGAUUUCUUUAGGGCAUCUUGUGAAACUGUGACGAUGCAGUAAUUUUAAUGACAACCUAUACUAUGACGUUUUCAUGACAUACUCUACUUUGACUUUUGAUAUACCAUAAUGGUAAAUAAACUCGUACCUGUAUAGCAUCUUUCCAGUCUUCCGACCACUCAAAACCCUUUGACACUACAUGUCAAUCACCCAUUCAUACACUGAUGGGAGGGGCUACCGUGCAAGGGGCUACUAUCCAUCAGGGCUAAGUAAGCCUUCACACACCGAUGGGACAGCCCUCCGAUCCAAUCAUUUCAGUUAGUAUUGUAUUGUCCGACAUAGUUGUGUGUGUCAGACCAGGGCUUUACCAGUUUCAGAUCCUGAAUCACCUCGUUUGAUCUCAAAUUACAAAAUAUACACAGCUGUCACAUUCAUGUAAACAGUGUUGAUUACUUAACACAAAGUCCAGUGAUAUAAAAAAAAAUCUCUUUGUGGACCCAGCUCUCUUUCAAUAUUUACAACAUUUGGUUUAUAUAUCAGCCAGGAGUUUAAGUUCCUCUCACUUGGUUUGUCAAUAUUGUGUGUGUGUGUG